UUAUUCAGAGUUGAGUCUCUAUAGCAAGCGAGGCUGAAUUUAACAACGUUCCUGUUGAAGUAACAAACCGACAGUCAUUUCGCAUAUUAGCUAAAUUUAUUCACUAGAAACAUGAACUGCCACGGUAAACGCAUCUCCGAUGAUGAUUGCUUCCUGUUCACUUCAGAGUCAGUCGGUGAAGGGCACCCUGAUAAGAUUUGCGACCAGAUCAGCGACGCUGUGUUGGACGCUCAUCUCAAGGAGGACCCCAAUGCUAAGGUUGCAUGUGAAACCGUGGCUAAGACCGGAAUGAUCUUGCUCGCCGGCGAGAUCACUUCUCGUGCCCACGUCGACUACCAGAAGGUCGUUAGAGAAGCCAUCAAGCAGAUCGGCUAUGACGACUCCGACAAAGGGUUUGACUACAAGACUUGCAACGUCCUUGUGGCACUGGAGCAGCAGUCCCCGGACAUUGCACAGGGUGUCCACAAGGACCGCCGUGAGGAGGACAUUGGUGCUGGUGACCAGGGUUUGAUGUUUGGCUACGCCACUGACGAGACGGAGGAGUGUAUGCCCCUGACCAUCAUCCUGGCGCACAAGCUGAAUGCUAAAAUGGCCGAGCUGCGCCGCAACGGGUCUCUGCCGUGGCUGAGGCCGGACUCCAAAACCCAGGUGACUGUGGAGUACCGUCAGAACUGUGGCACGAUGGUACCCUUGCGCGUCCACACUGUGGUGGUGUCUGUGCAGCACGAUGAGUGCGUGAGCCUGGACGAGAUGCGUGAAUCCCUGAAGGAGAAGGUUGUGAAGGCAGUGGUGCCCAACCAAUACCUGGAUGAUAACACCAUCUACCACCUGCAGCCCAGUGGGCGCUUCGUCAUUGGAGGACCACAGGGUGACGCUGGUCUGACUGGACGCAAGAUCAUCGUGGACACGUACGGAGGCUGGGGAGCUCACGGAGGUGGUGCGUUUUCUGGAAAAGACUACACAAAAGUGGACCGCUCUGCUGCUUAUGCUGCCCGCUGGGUUGCUAAAUCUCUGGUGAAGGCAGGCCUUUGCAAACGCGUCCUUGUGCAGCUGUCGUAUGCCAUCGGCGUGGCCCAUCCACUCUCUGUUUCCAUCUUCCACUACGGCACUUCUGAGAAGAGCGAGAAGGAGCUGCUGGAAAUAGUGAAGCAGAACUUUGACCUCCGUCCUGGUGUCAUCGUCAGAGAUCUGGACCUGAAGAAGCCGAUCUACCAGCGCACUGCCGUUUACGGCCACUUUGGCCGUGAGUCUUUCUCAUGGGAGGUGCCUAAAAAGCUUCAGUAUUAAACCUGCAACGGCUUCUCCUUUCGGUCAGCAGGUGUACAGUACAGAGAAAUCUUGCUACCUUGAGGAGAACGAUAUACCCUUAUACUUAACCCUAAACCCUACUCAAUAAGUCCCAAAGAUAAAUAAAUCCGUCCUUCUUUUCGCUUGUACCCGCUCUCAACACUUCUUGACCUUUGACCAUGACCCUUUUAUGUGUGUAGUUUAAAAAAAAAAAAAAAAAAAAAAUCAUAAUUUUUUAACUCCCUCCGUCCCAUACUCCUCCAUUCUUUCCUCACUCACUCAUGCUCCUCUCCUGCAUCCUACUGAAUGAUGGCACAAAUUAAUAUUUUGAAUGCAGAUUGCUAUGCAUUGGCACAUGAAGCACUGAAGCCAAUCAAACCUUUUUUUUUUUUUCCAUUUCCUGCAAGUACUAAUUUAUGCCAGUAUGAACUUCUUUUUUUUGUGUGUGUGUGAUUCAUUUCGGUCACUUCAGUGUGACUUUUUUUUUUUUUUAAACCUGAGGAUCAGUGGAAUAUUUAAUAAUGCGAAUGCAGCCAAUGCAAAGAAUUAAGUAUGAUCUAGUUAAAGUAUAACUCUAGGCCUGUUUCGAUUGGAGAACAUAUAUCUUUAUCAGAUGGAAUGGCGGUGGUUUUUCAGAUGUCUGUUGUCGACGUCAUGGGCCUUGCAGGCCAUGUGUAUUCUGGCGUAUUACAGAGAAGCCAGAAGCUGCUACCAACUGUAGUACUGAAGGAAUGUUGGUCUUGACUCCACCCCCUUCUUUCUGCUCGUUUUUCAGUAGAUUAUUUUUAUAGAUUAAAUCUUAUCUCAGUAGCUGUGUUUUCUAGACCAUGGUGAAGUCUGUGCACUUCCCCCUCUGUGCGCAGUCGAUGGCCAGCGUAGUUACAGAGAAGCUGAGCUUCCCUCGCUGCCACAUAGGGGUCACUUUCUCCACUUCACUUGCACCGGUUUUAAACCCUGCUGUCCAUACGGAAAAGUCAUGGCGCCUCUAGAGCACUGGAAAGUCGAGUUCCUUUUUUUUUUUUUUUGGGUACGUCAAACUUUAAAAAAAAAAUAUUAUCCUGAGCAGCAGUGUAGCUGCGUGCCCAACCUGCCAUCCUGCGGCAUCCUCAGCGCGUCGUACAGAAAAGCUUUGAGGCUCUGAUGCUAGGUGGCUGUGGAAGCUGUGACCGUUGUUGCCUAUUAUUAUUAUAGAGAAGUCUGACCAUUCCCUGCACGUGUUUUAUUACAUGUUGGAUGGUCUGCACUGCAACCGAGACAGGAAGCAAGACUCUGGCCAGUGUUGUACAGAGAAAUUGGCCUUGUUUACGUUGCUCUGCUCGGUAGCGGUCAGAGAUGGUCUUUUUCAUUUUAGUCUUUUUCUUUUUUUUAUUUCUGAAAAUGCCAGCCAGUGGUGCAACAUACUGGCUACUGGGAGAGCAAACGUGCCUUUUUCUGGUUUUCUCCUUUCCUUCCUUGCCACAGUCCCCCUCUUUUCUCCUUGGUCCACCCUCUGUAAUGUUUGUACCUGCUGCAAAUCCUAAAUCCUCAACUGCCCCGGUCUCCUGCUUGAGUUCAAUAAAACUUCUGCUCUGA